CAUAUUGAGACAACUCAUUUGAUAUUCAUGUAUGUCGUCGUGAUAUAAACAAGAAACUGAACGAUAGAAACGAUACUCGAUUCAUCUGCGCUUCGCAGUUAGUCGUACUUUAACGCGUGUACUUUUGUAAAGGCUUUCCAAUGGUUUUUAGAGACUUUUUUGUGUUGUGAAUAUGGUUGAAAAUGAGCAAAAUGAUGCCGUAUCAACGUUGUGUAAAAAUUGUUGCUCAACGGGUCUCGGAAAAAUGGAGGUUGGUCCUGACGAAGAAGAACGACAAUUUAUUGUCGAAAAUAUAACUGAAUCAAGUGAAUCCAGCUGCUCAUAUGAAAAUUCCCGAUCAAGGUAUGCAGCAUUCAUUGUGAAACAUCCGUAUGUUGUUCUAUUGUUGAUCUUGGUUUUGGUUAUAUUAUGUGCAUGUUUCAGUCUCAUUCCACAGCUUGGGGCUCAACCAUUGCCCACCUUUGAUGAACCCGUUAAGGGGUUUGAAGCUCGAGGUACACUUAUCAGCGAUCGCUGGCUCAGUCAAUGGAAUCUGUUUAUGAGUGAGCGUCAGGGUGAAAUCACGCGAGUUCCUCCACGCUGUGGAGUUGAAAAUCCCAUCAGUCAAUUGAAGAUCGGUGAUGCUCCUGCAAUUUGCACGGGGGAAGAGACGUUUAGUAUGGGUAAACUUACAGUGAAAUUGGUGUUCGAGACAAAGAAUGGACAGAAUCUUUUUACUGCGACAAAUCUCAAGUCUAUUUGCAAUUUAGAAAAAAGAAUAAUUCGCGAUUACCCCAAAUUAAACUCUUACUGCCAUACACCCAAUGGAAGCAAAGAAUGCUGCCCCAGCUGGUCGCUUGGUCACUAUGUGGCAUUGUUAAAUGGUAAUUCAUCUUGUUUAGACAUUGAUGAAAAUCAAGUCGAAAGAGUAAAAAACUUGCUCCAAACUUGCUCGAGAUUUUAUUACAACGGAAGUCUGAAGCCAGAUUGUUGGAACUUUAAACGUAAAGCGGUCGGUAAAUGCGGGGCGAUUCCUAAAAGCUGCACAAGACUCAAUGCUGUUUACAAUAUCCUUCAUUAUCUUACUGAUACCCAAUUUCUCAAGGGUAGUGUCAAUAAUACAUUCUUAAAAUAUAGUUUGGUCCUGGUACCCGUGAAAGAGAUUGAAAGCUUUCAGGUCGAUGUCUAUGAAAGUCGACUUCAAGGUAUCAUUAGUAACUCAAACGUCGUCCUCGCUGGAUACGAGCUUAGCCGAUUAAAAUACGAAAUGUUCAACGCUAAAAUGUUGGAGGAUCUCUACCUUGCUGCCAUUGCAAUGUUCUUUAUCAUGAUUAUUCUAUGGUUGUAUACUGGAUCGUUGUUAAUCACUUGUAUCGUUGGCGUCAUUAUCGUAUCAAGUUUGAUUAUCGCGUAUUUUGUCUAUAGCGUUGUGUUAAGAAUGAAUUUCUUUCCGUUCCUAAACGUUCUCACGUCCGUGUUCCUAGUCGGUAUUGCUGCAGACGACGCAUUCGUUUACAUGGAUAUUUGGAACCAGUCCACUCGCGAACAACAGAAGAAACGCAGCAAACCUCCAUUAAACGACGAGGAACGCAAUGAGGAGUUUGUCUCCAUCACUGUGAACACAAUGCGACACGCAUCUGUGUCUAUGUUUGUCACCAGUUUCACGACAUCAUCCGCGUUCUUUGCUGGUCUCACUUCUGAUAUUACGUCUAUACAGCUAUUUGGAUUGUACUCUGGUCUAUCCAUACUCUGUAUGUUUUUUCUAAUGAUUACGUGGUUUCCAGCUGCCGUGAUCAUACAACAAAAGAUGUACGGGAAUCAGACGUGCUGUUCCCGUAAUAUUCUUUCAAAACCGUAUCUGAAAGGCCCGCGAGACAUCGUCAAUAAGCUUGUUCAACUUCAUCAGACGUUCUUUGCCAAAUCCCUGCCGCGCAUUGUAAUUAAGUGGCGUUAUUUCUGGCUGUUACUUUUAUCGCUUAUUGCAGCUGGUGGCUUUGUUGUGUCAACGUAUAAACCCGGUCUCAAGCUCCCUUCGACUCAGGACUUUCAAAUGUUUGUCGAUUCUCACGAAUUGGAGAGAUAUCCGUUGCAUCUUAAGAAAUAUUUUCACUUUGAGACGACAAAACGUUCCAGUUUUCCCCUUUUCUUUCUAUGGGGUAUAAAACCUGUGGAUAAUGGUAACAUUUUUGACCCUUACGACACGGGAAAACUAAAUUACGACUCAGAUUUUGACAUGACUAGUAAAGAAGCUCAACGGUGGAUCAACUCUUUUAUCUCGCGCUUAAAAAAGCAGCCGUUCUUCGCAAAAGAGCAGCCUUUAACAAAGCAAUGCUUCAUCGAAGAGUUUUUUACAUACAUGCGCCAGAAUUGUAGCGAAGGCAACCAGAUUUGCUGUAAGAAUUCUGUUUUCCCUUACAACGCCACCGUGUUUAACGAAUGUUUACUUCAAAUGCAGUGCUUGAAGAUCAAAGAGGCACAAUUUCAAGGACAGAGCAUCGAGGACGGUGCACCUUUGUUUGACAAGAAAAACAGACUACGUGCGGUGUCUUUGAAGUUUGACAGCAACGUGUCAUUCACGUGGUCUUAUGAUCCCGCCGAUCGGUUCUGGAAGGAUGUGGAGAAUUGGGCUGAUAGAGAGUUCAAAAAUGCAUCAGCUGUUAGCGGUUGGUUUAUCAGUAAACUGAGAUAUUAUGAUCUUCAAAAAAGUCUCUCCACGGGAACUUUUCUUUCGAUGAGCAUUUCGCUUGGUAUUGCAUUUGGUGUGAUGCUCCUUACCACCAGAAAUAUAUAUAUCAGUGUGUUUGCCAUUAUUACCAUAGCAUGUACUCUGGGUUGUACGGUUGGUUCGCUCGUACUAUUGGGAUGGGAGUUAAACAUAUUGGAGUCAGUCACUUUUUCUGUAUCUGUCGGGUUAUCUGUGGAUUUUGCGCUGCAUUAUGGAGUAGCGUACGUUCUUGCUGAAGAGAAAAGUCGUAGACAAGACAGGGUCUCGUUUUCUUUGAUUGGAAUGAGUUCUGCGAUUACUAUGGCUGCUUUCACCACAUUCAUAACAGGUACUAUAGUUCUGCGUUCAGAUGUUUUGUCAUAUAUUCAAAUUGGACAAUUUCUAAUGAUCAUCAUGUCCGUCAGUUGGGUCUACGCCACGUUCUUCUUCCAAGCGCUUUGUUGCUUGUGUGGACCUGAGAACGACUCAGGUCAAUUGACUGUCGCCAAACUGAGAUCAGGAUAUCAGAAACUGCGAUCGCUGUGCACCAUUGCAGAGUCAGAUGAACAUAGAAUGGUGCCGAAUGGAAAAGGUUCGAAAGAAAUCCGUGUGAUUUACAUAAAGUAAUAGUAUAUACCUUUGUAUUUACCACUGUUAAAUUGGUUUUUCUAUUCCAAGUUUCGAUGCAGAGUUUAUAUUAGAACAUGUUUUAUUCCGUAAAAUUAUUAAUGAAUUAAUAUUUUGACUUCGAGUGUGGGGGUUCCACGUGCAACUAAAAACUAUUUAUGUAAUUUUCGUCAAUACAUUUGUAUUUAUUGGCUGUGCAAUUUGUAAAUAAUUUUUGAUGGAUGUAAGUAAUUGAGCAUUUUGUUAAUAUACUGUAGUAUACAUUUA